GAGGCGUGCAGUAGCUAACCGGCAUUCACCUUGGUCAACAUUGUUGCCCUAAAAAUGGCGCAUAUCAUGCCCCACCAAUUUCUUUAUCAUCUGAUUGAUAUAAUCAAUCAGCUUAAACGUCCUUAUCAUCACCACAAUCUGUAUCCACUCCCAUUUUCUAGCUCGUAUAAUAACCAUCUCCAACUGGUUCAACAAUCAACUGUUUCUACUACUUCUGUUCCGAAUUUGAUUCACCCGUUUAUGGCCGUUAAUCCGGUUGAUUUAUCCUAAUCUGAAGUUGGUUUUGUGAUUGGUUGACGGUUCGAUGGAUUAUUCUAACAAGCCGAUCGAGCUUAUGGCUUUGGAUUAUUUAGGAUUAGGGUUUGAUGUUGCGAGCGAUUUUCGGUUGAAGUUCGCGAAAAGAUGUCCUGAUGGUGGACGGUUGGUGGAGCUGAAUGAAUCGAGGAAAAGAGACAUUGUUCUUCCUGGAGGUGGUGCUACCAUAUCUGGGGUUUCUGAGGAUAUUCGUUGUGAUAAAGGAGAUCGUAUUCGGUUUAAAUCCGAUGUUUUGGAAUUUAAUAAGAUGUCAGAAUUACUCAAUCAAAAAUCAUCAAUACAAGGAAAAGUACCGUCAGGAUAUUUCAAUGCGUUGUUUGAUUUAAGUGGAGCAUGGUUAAAUGAUGUGGCCGAAGCCAAAUAUCUUGCGUUUGAUGGUUACUUUAUCUCUCUUUACUAUUUGCAUCUAACAGCAACUCCACCAGUACUCCAAGAAAGAGUGAAGAAGUCUGUUCCGACUUAUUGGAAUCCAUUGUUACUGGCGAGGUUCAUUCAGACUUAUGGCACCCAUAUUAUAGUGGGGAUGGCUGUUGGGGGUCAAGAUUUAAUUUGUGUUAAACAGAAAGCAUCCUCCACUAUUUCUUCUGCAGAACUCAGAGGAUAUCUGGACGAUCUUGGAGAUAGUUUGUUUUCAGAUGGGAGGAGCCCUUCUCUAAUAGAGAGGAAAACAAGAGAUGGAAAGCAAAAGGUUCCAGAUGUUUUCAAUCGUAUGUUGCAGCCACACACCAUGCAAUUUACCAACAUUACAGAAACGUCAAGCAAGGAUGGCCUCACAGUCAUCGAGUGUAAAAGAGGCGGGGACGUGUUUUCAGACAGUCACUCAAAGUGGCUUCAGACAGUGGGUUCUAAUCCUGAAGCAAUGCUCUUCAAGUUUGUACCAAUUACGUCUCUCCUUAAUGGAGUUCUCGGGAGUGGAUAUCUUAGCCAUGCAAUCAAUUUAUAUUUACGCUACAAGCCUGCUCUAGAAGACUUGCAAUGUUUCUUAGAGUUUCAAGUUCCGAGACUAUGGGCACCUUUAUUCUGCGAGCUACCUCUGAGGCAUCAAAGAAGAAAGACUACGUGCCCUCGGCUUCAGUUUAAUUUCAUGGGCCCCAAGAUUUACGUCAGCACGACCCAGGUUCUAAGUGACGACAAACCGGUCACUGGUCUACGCUUGUUUCUGGAAGGCAAGAAAUGCAACCGAUUGGCGAUGCACGUGCAGCAUCUCUCGAGUCUUCCAGAUACCAUGACAGAAACACCCCCAAACUCCACCAUAUCCCGACGACCUCCUCGGUGGCGAGGCACCGAUGAAUAUGAUUCUAGCGCUCAGUUCCUCGAACCAAUCAGAUGGAACCGUUAUUCAAACGUAUGCUCGUCUGUAGUCGAGCAUGAUCCAAACUGGUUACAUGGAGAACCACCAGGUGGAGUCUUCAUUGCGACCGGAGCUCAGCUCUUAAGCAAGGGGAAAUGGCCGAAAACUAUACUACACCUUCGUUUACUCUUCACCUACAUUCCGAACUGCACCAUUCAUAAGGCGGAAUGGGGCGGUGCACCGGCGGUGGCUCACAAGUCCAGUCUUUUUACCAACCUAAGCUCGACUUUUACAUUCACUCAACGGUCGGUAGCUAAUGAAGGGAAGCAGCUGCCUACAACACUUAACUCUGGUGUGUUUCCCGACAGCCCACCGGUGCCCGUCCGUUAUAUGAAAUUGCAUAAAUUUGUGGACACGGACGAGGUUGUACGUGGGCCACAUGACUCGCCGGGGCAUUGGUUGGUGAUGGGUGGUCGGUUGGUCACAGAUGGCGGUAAGAUCGGUUUGCAUGUCAAGUUCGCAUUAUUAGAUUUUGCAUAGGAAGUGUAACGACGAUUUUGUAUAUGAGUAUG